CACAGUGUCGUGACCCAUGACCCUGAGGAGAGACGAGGAGAGACAAGGAGAGACAAGGAGAGACAAGGAGAGACAAGGAGAGACAAGGAGAGACAAGGAGAGACAAGGAGAGACAAGGAGAGACAAGGAGACACGAGGAGAGACAAGGAGACACGAGGAGACACGAGUACGAGGAGACACGAGGGGAGACGAGGGGAGACG